AUGGCGACCACCGUGGACAAGAUUAGAGACAUCGAGGCCGAGAUGGCUAAGACGCAAAAGAACAAAGCAACAUCGUUUCAUUUGGGACAAUUAAAGGCAAAGUUAGCCAAGUUAAAGAAGGAGCUCCUUACUCCUUCCAGCAGUGGAGGCGGCGGUGGCGGCGUUGGUUUCGACGUUGCCCGUACUGGUGUUGCUUCGGUCGGAUUCAUUGGUUUCCCCUCGGUCGGAAAAUCAACACUGAUGUCCCGACUCACUGGGCAGCAUUCCGAAGCUGCAGCAUAUGAGUUCACUACCCUGACCACGGUACCCGGGCAAGUCGUUUACAACGGAGCCAAGAUUCAGAUGCUGGAUCUGCCAGGUAUCAUUCAGGGAGCCAAAGAUGGUAAAGGACGAGGACGGCAGGUUAUUGCGGUGGCAAAGACUUGCCAUCUAAUUUUCAUUGUUCUUGAUGUGAACAAACCGUUGACAGACAAGAGGGUUAUCGAAAAUGAACUCGAGGGGUUUGGCAUCCGGGUAAACAAACAAGCUCCGAAUAUCAAGAUAACUAAGAAGGACAAGGGCGGAAUCUCUAUCACAAACACCUCGCCUUUGACCCAUAUCGACAAGGAUGAAAUCAAGGCUGUCAUGAACGAGUAUCGCAUGGCCAACUGCGACAUCGCUAUCCGCUGUGACGCCACCGUAGAUGACCUCAUCGAUGUGAUUGAGGCCAAGCACCGUGCUUAUAUCCCCGUCAUCUACGCUCUCAACAAAAUCGAUGCGAUUAGUAUCGAGGAGCUGGAUCUUCUUUACCGCAUCCCAAACGCGUGUCCCAUCUCAUCUGAGCAUGGCUGGAAUGUCGAUGAAUUGCUCGAACAGAUGUGGGAGAAACUCGAACUGCGUCGUGUCUACACCAAACCCAAGGGCAAGCUUCCAGAUUACACAGCACCAGUAGUGCUAAGAAAGACAGCGUGCACCGUAGAAGACUUCUGCAAUGCCAUUCACAAGUCGAUCGUUGAUCAAUUCCGCAUUGCCAUUGUGUAUGGGCAGAGCGUCAAACAUCAGCCCCAACGAGUUGGUCUCUCUCAUGAGCUGGCCGACGAGGACAUCAUCACCAUUGUCAAGAAAUAA